AUGGAUACUAUUUACAAGAAUACAACUCUCAAUUCUCAUGCUAAAUCAUCAAGCACUUCACAUAUGAUGGCAAGUCCAUUUUCAACUUAUACUCCAUAAACAUGUUAUUCAAUUCUACAAUUUCUACCAUAUAUCUAAUCAUCUGUUAAAAAAUAGCAAAUGAAAAAAUUUAUAAUUAAAGAAAGGACUGAAUAUGAUAAGAAAAAAACAAUUAUAGAAUCAGGUUUAUUAACUUAAAGAGGCAUGACUAAAUAUCUUAAACCAAAUAGUAUUACAAUAUAUCAUUCAAAGGGUUGAAAUGGUAAAAAAAAGAAUUAAGACUUUCUGAUAGUAUUAUAGAAACAAAAUUGAAAAUUGCUGAUUUAAUAUUGAAUACAAAAGGAGGAUAAUCUCGUAAGGAAUUAUUAAUCGAAAAAAUUUAGACUCAAAUCGAAAGCCCAAGAUAAAUUUUUAGCUCAAGAACUAUUAAGAGUGAACAUAAUGUCAAUUAAUUUAUAGAUAGAAUAAAGUCUUAAACUAUCCCACAUAAAUUAAGACAAUAAGUAUAAUCUCCAUCGAAAAUUAAUCAAUCUCAAUAAAAAAUCAUCCAAAAUUUCACAACUACAUAUUAAACAGAAUGA